UCUGAUUCCAUCACUGAUGGUCCCACGCAGCUGCUAUUCAUCCGCAACCACGGCCAUGCCUUCAAUACCAAAGACGAUAGGCGAGUUCUCAGUGCUGCCACUGAGCAUACCGCCCCUGCCGUCGUUCCCCCACAGCACCACGCACUAUGUCUACGCCCGACGGCAUGCGCCAAACCGCCCAACCCCCGACGACGACCGAAGCCUCUUCGUGACAAACGUCCCCGUCGACAGCACAGAGCCACACUUCCGCGCGAUAAUAGCCACCCUGGCCGGAAACGGGAAGUUCGAAUCCAUAAGGUUCGAGGCAGACAGGAGAGAAAAGCCAGUCUCGCUCGAGCCCGCCCAGGCCGCACGCCUCGCCGCCGCCGCGUCACGGAAGCGAAAGCGCGACGACCCCGAGUCCGACUCCGAAGACGAGGAAGAGCAGGUCGCGCGGCUGCCCCCGACGUGGACAAGGCAGCUACACCAGAGCGGCAGCACGGCCGUCAUCGUCCUCGCGGACGAGAAGAGCGUGGACCUCGUGCUCAAGGCCAUCGCCAAGGCGCACAAGACCAAGAAGUUCCCCGUCUGGGGCGAGGGCGUCGAGGCCAAGGUGCCCCCGCUGGGCGCGCGCUGGGUCCAGGCGCACGACAAGCUGUCCUUCCCGCCCGCCGACAUCCUGCAGCAGUCCGUGGACGUCUUCUUCACCGUGUUCAACCGCAGGGAGAAGGAGGCGGCCGAGCUGGCCAGGCGGAUGCGCAACGAGCCCGACGAGGACGGCUUCGUCACCGUCACGAGGGGCGCGAGCCGCGCGGCGCCCGCGCGGAGGGGCGAGGCCGAGGAGGCGCGCCGGAGGAUGCUGGAGCGCGAGCAGAAGAAGAAGGACGAGCUGACCAACUUCUACCGCUUCCAGCUGCGCGAGAGGAAGAAGGCCGAGCAGGCCGAGCUGAUCAAGAAGUUUGACGAGGACAGGCGCAAGGUCCAGGCCAUGACGCAGAAGCGGGGGAAGUUCAGGCCCGAGUCGUGAGGUCGACCUGGUGGGUGGUUGGGGUCCGCCCGCGCCUGAAUACAUAUCUACCUACGUGCCUGGGUAUGGACACGAGGCUGGGCGGCCUACGCUUCGCGGCGAGGUGCUACUAUUGGCGCCUCCAUUCCCUCAAAGACAGUGAUUCUAUGAGAAUGCCAUGACUCAAUGCUCAUACCAUACGGCUUGAGUGGACAGGCAAGUUCGGACUGGAAGCUCACCCUUUCCGUUCGAGUCUAUAGAGCAGUUUACAAUUGUUAGGUGUGAAGUACACCUUAAUUCAGACACCUGUCCCGGAGCCACCUUCGGUUGUGAUAUAUGCCCGUCAAACACUGCCUGUCCCGCCCUGAUCUUCAUGCCUCAUAUCACAUGCCAGUCCCAAACCAACGUGACAACGCCUUCUUCGCUUCAUCUAACUCAAGCGCGUUCUUCCCGGCCGCCCAAGCAACGACGCCAUCAGGGCGCACCAGCAAGGCGCGGAUGCCCAAAUCAUCCUUGGCACUUGCGCCGAUAUAGUCGAUCCUGGGGAACCACGCCUCAUCCUGGGCAAGGUUUGCAAGUUCGGGCCCGUUCACGUCCUCAUGUCCGAGGUCAACAAGCAGGCCACGCCCGGAGCGCAUGAGCUCUCCCAGACGGCGAGUCCCGCCGGCCAGCCCCAGCUCAAAGUCAGGGGCGCUGAACCCAGCCAUCGGGUGCUGACCCUGUCCCUGCAUGUGCCCGCCCCCGCUCAUGUCAUAGCGGUGAGAGAGGCCCCAGAUCCGGUCCAUGAAGUACGUCGUGCCGCCAGGCGUGCCGGCCAGGUCCCGC